CGUCCGAGUUCUGCAGCGACUGCAGGUCCGCAAGGAUACCUUGGCCCACUGCCCACAGGAAUCAUGAGCAUCAAGGAAGGUCUAUGUUUACUGUGCAUAGCUCUUCUACUCAAACCUGUGCUCUCCACUCCACUGGACUUCACUUGCAAAGCACAAGUUCAAAGGCGCAGCAGCAUGGCUCACUGCAAGACCGAGCAGGAUGACUGGCUCACCGUCUACCUCAAGUACUUGCUCUUCAUCUUUAACUUCUUCUUCUGGGCAGGUGGGGCCGCCGUCCUGGCCGUAGGCGUGUGGACACUGGUGGAGAAGAGCGGCUACCUGGGCGUCCUGGCCUCCAGCACCUUCACCGCAUCCGCCUACAUCCUCCUGUUUGCCGGCAGCCUCGUUAUGCUCACCGGCUUCCUGGGCUUCAGCGCCAUAGUGCGGGAGGACCGUGGCUGCCUCUCUACCUACUUCUGCCUGUUGCUGGUGAUCUUCCUGGUAGAGCUGGUGGCGGGGGUCCUGGCCCAUGUGUAUUACCAGAGGCUGAGUGAGGAAUUAAAGCAGCACCUGACUCAGACCCUGGCUGAGAAGUACGGGCAGCCUGGAGCAGCGGACAUCACCGCCUCUGUAGACCGCCUGCAGCAGGAUUUCAAGUGCUGUGGCAGCAACAGCUCAGCCGACUGGCAGUUCAGUACCUUCGUUCUGUCCCAGGAGGCCCAGGGCCGCCGGGUCCCCGACAGCUGCUGCAAGACCGUAGUCCCCCACUGCGGCCGGCGCCUGCACCCCUCCAAUGUCUACAAGGUGGAGGGAGGCUGCAUCUCCAAGUUGGAGCACUUCCUGGCCGACCACCUGCUGCUCAUGGGAGCUGUAGGCAUCGGGGUGGCCUGUCUGCAGAACACUGGAAGCAAAGGCCUGGGGGCCACCGUGUAAGGAACACCCCCAGGAGCAUGUGUGUGGGCUCAGAUCUGUGGGAUGGUGCUCACUUGCUUCCUGCACCAGAGGCUCCAGCGGCACAGCUACUGACCACCGGCCUGCCUGCCCACCAAGGAGCACCCCUGCUCAGUCCAGCCACUCCAGACCCACCCAGCCAGUGCCCGGGGCUGAGGGCUCAGUGCCAGGCCCUGGGCAGGAGCCCCAGCCAGCCAGGAAAUGAGCAGAGCCAUUCCCAGGCUAGGGCUUGGUGCCAGUCCUUUUUAAUCUACUGAUCCCAGGGCUCCUGGGACACCAGAGGGUGGGGAAAGUCCUGUACUCUCCCCCACCCACCCCUGCCCCUGGGACUCAGGACUGCCACCAAAUGUCCAAGUUUGCCACUGUUACCAGCUGAGCAGCUCUGGCCCCGGGGGCGACCUGGAGAUCCCAAACUUCCCUGCCCACAUCCCUUGCUCACUGGCACAUGAGUGUCCCUAAACAUUCCCGCUCCUUCCUGCAGGGCUGGGGUGUGGGGAGCAGCAAGGGGCUGGCGCUGUGCCCCCACAGGGAACAAAGUGGAGCAGGGGGUCCCACCCCAGGAGCCCCACCCUGCUGGAGGUCUCCCUCAACAACCCACCCCCACUUGCCAACCCUGUCCCCCAGCCCCAGCCUCGGGGACACCCUGUGUCAAUGCAGUUGUUUUUAGUUUUUUAUUGCCACCAGGGUUAUCACUGGGGCUUGGUGCUGGUACUAUGCCUCUACCACUCUCAGUGGCCAUAUUUUCUUCUUUUUUUCUCUUUUCUUCCUUUUUGUAUUAGCUAGGACAAAUUGGGGGGGGGAUAAAAGGAGAGACAGAGAGACUCCUGCAGAUGUGCUUCAUCAUUUGUGAAACGUCCCCCCUGCAGUGGAGAGCGAGGAUUCAGCCUGGGUCCUCGUGCAUGGUAGUAUGUGUGCUCAGCCAGGUGCACUGCCCCACCACACCCCUGUGCCCCGUAAAGUUGUUUUUAAACCAUCUGCUUGUUGGUAGAAAUAAAAAAUGCUUCCCAGGA